UCCACCAGAGUUGAGAAAUAUUACAUGAGUUCGUUAAAAAAAAAAAAAAAAAGGUUUCUGACGAUGAUUCUUAUAUUUGUGUUCACGUUUUGAAGCGAGUGUACUUUGUUGAACGUCUCUGGCCGCACACAGGUGGUACCAGUGAGUGGACUAGUUCUUUUUGCAUGGACCGGUUCCCCAGGUGGGUGGAUAUUUAAUUUAGGGCCCAAUGAAGUCUACAAUGUGCGCACCCCGCCCAUUGAUACAAGGCUCCAAUCUACUAGCCUACUGUGGAGGCUCAGACUGUCGUAAUGUCGGAGCCCAAGGCACUCACCCCGACUCCGGCUGGAGACACAUACAAAGGAUGGCUAUUCAAAUGGACAAAUUACAUCAAGGGCUACCAGCGACGAUGGUUUGUCUUGAGCAACGGUUUACUAUCCUACUACAGGACACAGGCAGAGAUGGGCCACACGUGCCGGGGCACCAUCAACCUGGCCACGGCCAACAUCGCGGUGGAGGACUCGUGCAACUUUGUCAUCUCUAACGGCGGGGCACAAACCUACCACCUGAAGGCCAGCUCUGAGGUGGAGCGGCAGCGCUGGAUCACCGCCCUGGAGCUGGCCAAGGCCAAGGCUGUCCGCAAUCAGGCCGAGUCUGACGACUCUGGUGAUGAGUGUCCCACGUCACCCCCUACCUCGGGACAGGGCGGAGGGGCUCGUAACUCUAACUCUGAGGUACAGUCCACACUACGCACUCUGGGCAGCAAGGUGGAAGACCUGAGCACCUGCAACGACCUCAUCGCCAAGCACGGAUCUGCCCUCCAAAGGUCCCUGUCAGAGCUGGAGGGGGUGCGGCUGGGAGGCGACACGGAUGGCAAGAUCCGGCAGGUGACGGAGAGAGCAACGUUGUUCCGCAUCACCUCCAACGCCAUGAUCAACGCGUGCAGAGACUUCCUGUCCCUGGCCCAGGCCCACAGUAAACGGUGGCAGAAAGCCUUGCAUUCGGAGCGGGACCAGAGGAUAAGGCUGGAGGAAACAUUGGAGCAGCUCGCCAAGCAGCACAACCACCUGGAGAGGGCCUUUAGAGGGGCCACCGUACUGCCCCUCUCCCAGAGCAACCCCGCCUUGGACAGCAAGAGUUCGGGCUCAGUAAAGGGUGACGCGAGCGACGAGGAUGAUGAAAACGAGUUCUUUGACGCUAUGGAGGACCCGGCGGGGUUCAUUACUGUACCGGCCGACCCCAAGUAUCAUAGAAGGUCAGGAAGUAACGUCAGUGGUCUCAGCACUGAGACUGGGAUUGAUGACCAAUCACUUUGUGACGAGCAGUCGUUGGGGUCCAAUCCGGAGUCGCCGCAGUCCCUGGAGGUUGAGCCAGUGAGGAAGAGGCGGACCAAAAUCCCAGACAAGCCCAACUAUUCUCUGAACCUCUGGAGCAUCAUGAAGAACUGCAUCGGCAAGGAGCUCUCCAAGAUCCCCAUGCCUGUGAACUUCAACGAACCAAUUUCCAUGCUCCAGCGUCUAUCCGAGGACUUGGAGUACUACGAGCUCCUAGACAAGGCAGCUAAAUGCCAGAGCUCUCUGGAGCAGCUGUGCUACGUGGCUGCCUUCACCGUAUCAUCCUACUCCACUACGGUCCACCGCACAGGGAAACCCUUCAACCCCCUACUGGGGGAGACCUACGAACUGGACCGGCUGAGGGAGAGCGGCUACCGCUCACUGUGUGAACAGGUGAGUCACCACCCGCCUGCAGCGGCUCAUCAUGCCAUCUCGGAGAGAGGCUGGACCCUCCGACAGGAGAUCUCCCUCGCCAGCAAGUUCAGGGGAAAAUACCUCUCCAUCAUGCCUCUGGGCUCUAUCCAAUGUAUGUUUGAGAAGAGCAACAAUCACUACUCGUGGAAGAAAGUUACUACAACAGUACACAACAUCAUUGUGGGCAAAUUGUGGAUCGACCAGUCGGGCGAGAUAGACGUGGUGAACCACCGGACCGGCGACCGCUGCCAUCUCAAGUUCGCCCCGUACAGCUACUUCUCCAGAGACGUGGCCAGGAAGGUGACUGGUGUGGUGGCAGACAAGGAGGGUAAGGCCCACUAUGUGCUGUCAGGGACGUGGGAUGAGAAGAUGGAGUUCUCCAGGGUGAUGCAGAGUAAUAAGGGCGAGAACGGCACCGAGGGCAAACAGAAGACCGUCUACCAGACGCUCAAAGCCAAGGAGCUCUGGAAGAAGAACCCACUACCUGAGGGUGCGGAGACCAUGUACUACUUCUCGUCGCUGGCGCUGACGCUCAACGAGCCCGAGGAGGGCGUGGCGCCCACCGACAGCCGGCGACGGCCCGACCAGCAGCUGAUGGAGGCGGGCCGGUGGGACGAGGCCAACGCCGAGAAGCAACGGCUGGAGGAGAAGCAGAGGAGCGUCCGCCGCGAGAGGGAGCGAGAGGCCCAGCAGGCAGCCAACCUGCCUGAGGAGGGGGCAGAGGGGGUGGAAGUAGCGGAGGACGCUGUCAUUGAGGACUCUUUCAUCACUGACUCGCCUUUGAAAAUGGAGAUAGGUACGGAAGCGAGCCAGGCUUCGGAUGAAACGGACCCCGAUGAUUCUCCACCUCACACUCCAAGCGUCCACCAGGACAACUAUGAGGCGAUGUGGUUCGAGCGGACCGAGGAUGCCGUCACGGGAGAGUCCAUGCACGUCUACAAGGGGGGCUACUGGGAAGCGAAGGACCACGGCAGCUGGGACGUGUGCCCCGAUAUAUAUUGACCCCCCCAUCAGCGAAUUGUACUAACCCAGGCAUUUGGAAUAUGGAAGGCCACAAGCUGCCCUUUUUCCCCCAAUUGAAGAAGGGGCAACCUGGGUAUCGACCCUGUUUAACCCCAAUCCUCCCUCUUUCAGGAUAGAUUUUGGGUUGUAAUGCCCCCAACCUCUCCCCUAUCACUCUCUGUGGGGAUGGUGUGCACAGGGGCAGUGAGACCCUGCAGGACAGUGCAACCGGACAGGGGGACAGACCUGUUUUCUUCUGCCUUUAUCUUCUGUGUAGGGUCUGUUUCUCCUAGAUGUUGAUCUGGGGUCCGUUUUGCAUUUCCCACCAUUGGGGGAGCCGAAGCUGAUCCUAGAUCUGUAGCUAGGGAAAACGUCACCCCCGACGCUUCAGCUUCACUACAAUGAUUAGAUAUCUCCCCCUAGAGCCACUGGCUAGGCCUUUGUCUUUCUGUCUCUUCCUUUGCCGGUCUCUUUCUCUCACACUUCAUCUCUUGCUAUGUUAGUCUGUGGAAAAGACUGGGGGCAGAUAGGUGGUCUGGUUGAUAGAUUCUAGUGAUUUAACACUAACUCUCCCUUGUUCCUCUUCCAAAGGAUAUGGACAGUUUUGUAUGAGUAUGUGAAGAGGGGGGUUAUAAUAGCAAUGGGUUGGUGCUUAUGUCUGUUUUGAGGCUGCCAGAUUUUCAAUGUUUCACAAAUGCUGUAAAGAGGUGUGUCCUCCAGAACUUGGUGACAUCACAUUAGGUCCUCUGCUGCUUGGCACAUGGAUAAUUUGGUCUUGGAGCCUGUUUUCCAUCUCAAAGCAGCGUAAUGGUCUAAAUGAAGGAUGUAUCGCCAUAAUACUAUUUAAACAGUUCCUACUACGCCCUACAUCCCAAAGAUAACUUCCACCUCUUCCAACAGCAAAGCAAUCUAGCGUAGCUGUAGUUUUAAAAAAAUAGGAUUAGUGUGUGGAGCAGACUUGAUCGUAACAUAUUGGAAUAGUGGCCUAGUACUUUACUGGGUGGAUGUGUCCAAAAUAGCACCCUAUUCACUAUAUAGUGCACUUCUUUCGACACCUUAUAGGCAGUGUUCAAAAGUAGUGCACUAUAAAUUAAUAGGGAUUCAGGGUGUGUGAGGCCACUCUUCGUCUACAUGAACUAGUGUGUGUACAGUGCUAGUACACAAAUGUGAGCUUGAGUGCAAGGUUUGAGUUCCAAAAAUAAAUCUUAUUUUCAAGUGUACUUAAUGUGAGUGUGAGGAAAAACUAAACAGAUUGCUAAUAUUUGUAUAUAUCAAAUGAAGUAAUAAUUAGUGCGUUAUGGUCAGAGAACAUGAGUUUCUCCUAAAACUGGAUUGUCCGUUAAGUCAUUUGUUUGAUCACUGUGUUGUCCUAAUCCCUGGCCCUGUACAACAUGACUGAACAGUUGUGUCCCAAGGUUGUUUGCACAAGUUACACUGCUGUGAAGACUAAUGGUUGUGAAAAAAUAAAGUGCAAAUACAAAAAUUGCUUCACAAAAAUAUCAGUAUCAAAACCAUUCAUGCGUUGUACCAGUUUGCCAUAUUGGUUGUCUUUAUUUUCAAUAAUUCUGUCCAGUUUCUCCAUUCAUCAUACUGUCCAAUCUUUUUAUGCUCAUUCAUUCUCUUAUGGAUCUUGGUCAGUGCACUGUGAGUGUAACAGCAUCGCAGGGUGAUUGUAAUAAAGCCUGACUGGAGAAGUGCA